UUCAACGGUGAUCUUAGGUUAUUCGGUUAUAUCCAAUUCUCAUUGGCAGUUCAGUCGUGGUUCACGUUCUACGGCUUAAUCUUCGUUGGCAAUGCAAAAAUCCCUAGAUUCUAGUAAGUUUAUUGGUAGGUUGGUAGAAGUAUGCUUCAUGUUGGUAAGGGGCGACGUGAAAUUUGACAUAACAGUUUAAAUUAAAUUUAUUUAAUUACAGCGUGGUAUUGUUAUUAUUGUUUAUUUUGUUUGCGUGUUUGUGAUUUUAUUAAAAUGGCGAAACGCGUUACCAAUUUUAGCAAAAACGAGGAAACUCUACUAUUAGAUUUAGUACUUAAAUAUAAGGACAUACUUGAAUGCAAAAAAACCGAUACGAGUAACAAUAAAAUAAAGUGGGAAGUGUGGAUGCAACUCACUAAAGAGUUUAAUUCCGUCAGUGGGGAAACGACGAGGGAUGUAAAAGGACUUAAAAACAAAUAUGAGAAUAUCAAAAAACGGACCAAACAAAAAUUUGUGGGUAUAAAGAAGUACGCAAGUGGAACUGGCGGGGGUCCACCACAAAAUCCCGUUUUUACAAACACCGAUGAGGCUUUACAUGAGAUCAUAGGCCCGCAAAUUACUGGUACACAGUCCAGUUAUGACUACGAUUCGAAGGAAAGAGCAAUGCCAGGACACGCCACCUUCAAAAGUCUGGAUAGCCUAUCAAACUUUCUUCCUUCUACAAGUGGUAAAGGUUUUUUAAUUAGCACAUGUUCAGUUGCAAGUGAUAUGCAGGGCCUUAGGAUCACACAAACGUAA